AUGUGGACACCUACUAUCAAUCUUUUGAACUUGUUGCUGCUUUGGCAGUCGGUACGAGCAGACACCAAUGAUCAAACCUCUGCAAAGGUAGAUCGAGGGACAUUCGAUAAUCCUGCCGCUCGACUUCGUCCGCGAUUCCGAUAUUGGCUACCCGAUGCUGGGGUCGAUGUACAGACAGUACAGGAAAAUAUCAAGGCUGCUGGUGCAAUUGGAGCUGGUGGAGUCGAGUUUCUCCCUUUCUACAAUUACGGUGGUCAAUUAAGUCCAGAGCCUACGGGUGCGAAUUGGACCAAGGAUGGAUUUGGGACACCUACCUUCCAUAAGAUGUUCCUGGCUGCGCUAGAGGCUCAUAAGGAGGCUGGUUUGAAGAUGGACUUUCCUCUUGGUCCGAAUCAAGGCCAGGGCGUACCGGCUGAUCCGAGCGAUGAAGGUUUGCAGUGGGAUUUGGAACCUUUCUCGGUAGCCGUCACAAAUGGCGAAUUCAUUGGACAGAUUCCCGGAUGGGGUGCUGGUGAGCUGGUUGCUCUAGUCUCUGCUGAAGUGCUAUCUACCAAGAACAUCAGCCUAGAUACUAGCGGUGCUCUAUCUCUGUUUGGCGCAGCUCAAAAUUCAUACCUCUCUUUGGUGCUCAAGAGUGGCACUCUGGUUGAUUGGGCGAAGAAUGUGUCCUCGACAGGACAUGUUUCUCUCAAAUUUUCCACCGGAGCAUCACAUCGCCUGUUUGCCUUCUAUCAGUUCUUGAGUCAUGAGAAAAAUCUGGAAUAUAGCAGUGGCAACGCCGAGAGUAUCUGGGAUAAUGGCUCGUAUGUGGUGGAUCACUACAGUGCGAAGGGUGCACAGGUAGUGGCUAAGUUCUGGGAGAGAUACAUUCUGCCCGAUGGGGUGAAAGACCUAUUGAAGGAAGUUGGAAAUUACGGCUGGGAGGAUAGCGUUGAGAUCAGGUCAAACAUAUCCUGGACCCCAUCGCUUCCAGAGAUCUUCCAAUCAAAACAUGGUUAUGACUUGAAGCCAUUCCUACCAUUGAUCACGUUUCGAGACAACAAUAUCAACAUACAGAGUGGCAGCCCCGGUGCAUUCCACUGUGUCCUCGACACUCCCGACCAAGGUCUUGGUUAUUUCAAUGACUUUCGCGGCGCUCUUGCUGCAGCAUACCGCAAUUACUUGGAAGAACUGACCGAUUGGGUGAAUAAAGAGCUCAACUUGCAAAUGUCAGCUCAGGUGUCAUACAACUUGCCAAUGGAUAUGGAAGCCAACAUUCCCUUUGUGAAUGCGCCUGAAUGUGAAAGCCUACAGUUCAAUAGUAACAUCGAUGGAUACCGGCAGUUCGCCGGGCCCGCCAACUUGGCUGGAAAGCGUGUCAUUUCCAAUGAGAUGGGGGCGGUGAUGAUGAAGGCGUAUAAUCUUCCACACAGUGAGCUGUUGGGUUACAUCAAUCUGGCUGUGGCGGGCGGUGUUAAUCAGGUGGUGCUUCACGGACAGUCAUAUACUGGUGACUACUAUGGCACGACCUGGCCUGGAUAUACUGCAUUCAAUUACUUGUUUUCGGAGCUCUACUCUGACAAACAGCCAUCUUGGAGCCAUGGGCUUGGAGACGUCUUGAACUACACAGCUCGAGUCCAGUAUCUUCAGCAGUCGGGUGUACCGCGUACUGACAUUGUCAUCUACAAUAAGGUCUCCGGUACCGAUCCAAGUUUCCCGACACUAUACUCUCCAACCGACUUGAUUGAUGCUGGUUAUACCUACACAUACCUCUCUCCCGAUAAUUUUGCCUUGCCGCAAGCCGUCGUCAAGAACAAUACCCUUGGCCCGGAUGGUCCCGCGUACCAGGCUUUGGUCAUCACAAGUAACAGCAACCUUACUCUGGAUGGCGUGCAUUAUAUCCAGAAGUAUGCCCGUGCAGGACUGCCAGUGAUACUCAGUGGAGGCGACCCCGGUGUCUAUGCAGCCCACGACAGCAGAGAUACACCAGCUAUCAAGCAAGCAAUCCAGACCUUGAAGCAGUCACACAAUGUCUACAGCGUCUCUGCCGGAAAGGUUGCUGCCAAACUCCAGGACCUUGGCAUCCAACCACGCGUUGCCAUACAGACCAACGGAACGUGGUAUUCGACUUGGAGGGAGGAUGCACAGAACGGGAUGGACCACGUCUUUGUGUUCUGCGAUGGUAAUGCUUCAACUGGUACCGUUUCCAUUACCAGCAGCAAGGCUCCGAUAUUCUUGGAUCCUUGGACUGGACACACAAAACCAGUACUCGAAUACACUCGACACGGAAACCGAGUUGUCAUCCCGCUCAGCUUGGCAGCCAACCAGACAGUCGUGAUCGGCUUCACCGGUAGUGCUUCCAACUCCGUGCAACACGCCAGUCAGCUGCCCCCAUCCGUCGCAGGAUAUGACUAUUCUCAGGAAUCCGGCAUUGAAAUUCAUGUCUCCGCAAGCAAGGACAGCCAGCCUCUGGUCCUAUCCAACGGCAAACGUGUCAGUCUCGCCAGGACGGACGUACCGGGGCCUUCCACUCUGUCCAACUGGACUCUUACGGCCGAACACUGGGAGGCACCCUCAAAUAUCUCCGAUGCUACUACCGUCGCCAUCAAGCACAACACAACCCACCACCUCUCCUCGCUAGUCUCUUGGACGGAAAUAAGCGCCCUGAGAAACGUCUCAGGCCUUGGCUAUUACUCCACCAGUAUCAGCUGGCCCCCAGCUGGUCAUGGCUCUGCAGAUGGAGCCUAUUUCAUUCUUCCCGCAAUCUCCCACGCGGCACGGGUAUAUGUCAAUGGACAGAAAGCCCCUCCAAUUGAUUUCUCCGCUCCGCGGGUGGACCUGGGUCCGUAUCUGGUGAAGGGCUCUAACCAAAUAACCGUCGUGGUACCGACUACCAUGUGGAAUUACAUCCGUGGUAUUGCUGGUGAUAUUCAGACUGCCGAUGUCCCGCUUCAGCUUUUUAUGUCGGCUGUCGGAUAUACUACUCUUCCCUCCGUCACUGAUAAUGGCUUGAUUGGUACUGUGACGCUAGUGCCAUAUGCCAAGGUCCGUCUAGAAUAG